AUGCAGACGGUUCCCAGUCUUGUUGGGACUGGCACUGCCAUUGCUGCAGCUGCCAGUGGCCUGGUGUUUGGCCAACCCACUGACCUCGACCUCGACCACCAAGCUGCGACAGCUUCCAGCCGAGGAGCACGAGUUCACAAGAGAUCGAUAUCAAUCGACCGAGUAUUGCCUGUCAAGUCGCACUUGCCGUCGAGGACCUUGACCCCACCCUCGCGUCGACCAGCUACCAGUUCUGCUGCACCGCGGUCAAUUGGCUCCGAGCUUCAUGCUGCUGGUACUUCAAUUCACCAAACGACGAGACCUCCAUUGUCGCGCCGUCAGCGGCCGCAAACCCCCCAAGUUGCUCCGUCAAGUACCUCUAGCAGAAGACAGUCUCUUGUUGUGCUCAGCCAGGGAGAUAUCUACCCGGGUAUCUCCGUCGUGGAGGGCUCGAGGGAGUCCAUUUCGUCGUCCGGUUCUUGGUUGAAGCGCCUGUCCUCUAUCCGUCCAUUGUCACAGCACGGCAGCCCCAGGUCUAGCAUACUCGCGGAUUCACCAUCAGUUUCAUUUUCAUAUGGGUCUGCUGCUCCCAUACUUUCCCGAUCUGGAUCUGUUUCGAAGCCAAUGCCCCCAAAUAAAUUGGUAAAGCGUUCCCCCUCAAGAAACCACACGUCGGAGGAGUUGGCGCAACGCAAGUCAAAAGGCCAUUUACCUAGUCUUCGCCGACCGGCCACCAGCCACCAAAGAUCUGCGACUCUGCAACAAUUCCGGGCAGGGCUUGAUGUUGCAGGCUCAAGUGCCGAUGCAAAGUAUUCCUUUGAUGAGCCAAUUUGCCCGGAGGAACUGCUUGGAGCAUCACCAAUUGAAGAAUUGGGACAGUCUCCUCGCACCGCCAGGGCUGCAAAAACUUCUGGCUGGGUGUCUUUUUUCCACUCCAAAACGGCCAGUCUUAUGACAAAGCCAAGCCCUCACACCCGGCUUGGUGGUAGUGGCGACGGCGGUGACGCAGCGUCGUCCGCAAAGAAUUUGCAGCCCAAACGCAUUAACCCGGCAAGAAGCAUGCUACCUGGUACCGGGGCUCAUCUGAUUAAGCCCAGAAUGGUGUCGGGCUCAUCUUCGCAGAGCGACUCGUUUGCAUCGUCGCAUAUAGAGGAGGAACCAAACUACCAACUUGUUAGCCGGAAUGGGGAUCGUGUCAGCUCCCCGACUACUGGCGAAAUGGACUCCGGAAUGCCACCGUCAGCACGCCCAAGAAGAUCCUUUUCUUCCACAUUUUCUCAGACCGCAAACUGGGCCUCGAAAACAUCUGGAAGCUUGCGCCGAACUAAACGGGGCGCGAGCCAGGGCAGAGAAGACAACAAGCGGCACGUGUCAGCUCCAGUCAGAAGCCUGCCAUCAGCUGUGGGCCGCGUCGAUACAAUGACCAGCGCCCCGAUCGCCCCGGUUCAGCAGGGAUUGACACUAGAUUCAGCCGCGACUUUUCAACGCCCGGCGCCUAAAAGAAACGCAUCCUCCCCACUGCCCCCGCUCUCCAAUCUUCCAGGUGUUCAUGCAGAUUUGUCGCGACGGAGUCCUGUUGGCGGCGUCGCCGGUCAUUCAAUUCGGCCAAAUCAGCCGUCAGGAAGCUCAACAAGCUCUACCAGCGUUGCCAUGAUGCAGCGGAGGGGCUCUCACUAUGAAAGACUAUCUGCCCUGGACAGCUCAGACGGCGACACGCGCGACUUAAUAUCUGGUGAUGAGUACGACACUGACUUCAAAAGCGACACCCUUUUUGACUCGUUGCGCACCAUAGGCUCUGGCCGGGUCAGAGCUGUGGAGACACCCCUUGAGUCUGUGUAUGAUGAGUCCCCCCCAAGCACAGGCGGGAACAAGAGAUCAAAACGUUUGUCAAUCCAGGAGAUCCUUGACCGGACUUGGGAUGAAGACGGUAAGAUUAUGGAGGAAGACGAAUCAAACCUGACUCCAGUUCACGCGCCACACCGAUCUAUGGGCAACCAUGUUAGACGCGAGCUGCGAGAAGAUCCUCGCUUUGGUCUGGACCCGUUGACGAGCAACGAGGUGGCCCGGGAGGCGCGCAACCUUGGCAGGUUUUCGCUUGAUGAUGACUUUGACGAGGACUGGACCAGAGAUGACGAUGACGCACCAGUUCAUGUUCUGUCACCUCCUUCAAAGGGCAGUUCUCUCAGUUCCGGUGGCAUCAAUCCCAAUGUUCGCCUAGCUUUGGCUAGUAUUGGUGGCAGCUUGAGUUCUUCAAAACCACCGCCAUCAAGUAACGAACGCUCUCUCGGCAACCUGUUCGACUGGAGCGAGCCACCCUCUCAUGACAAGCAGAAUCCGGCGUGUCGUUCUCGGCCCAAGACUGCUUACGGUAAACAGGAAAUUGACUCUAGAGGAGGUCGAUCUGUCGUUCGCAAAGGGCCAAUGCCGGCGCACGUCCGGAGCCAAAGUGUACCUGUGGUACACGAUCCUGCCGACGUAUCAAAACCCACAGGAUCGAAGUAUGGAACAUGGGGACUUGGUUCAAAAACUGUUAGCGAAGAUUGGGACGAGGACUUUGAAUUUGGUGGCCCCGAUGAUGGACCAGGCGGCAAAGAUACCGAGGAUUCUUUUGCGGUCCCUGAAUCAAUCCGUGCCUCUCAACCUAGCGUCAAGGCUCAUUCUGGUCAAAUUCGAGAAUUAUCUCUCCUCGUCAACGACCUUAAGCGACUCUGCCGCCAUGGUCGGGAGCUGAAUAUGCUGAAUGGCGAGCAGAAACCACUCUGGAAGGAAGCUGAAGGCAUCAUUGCCCUGGCUUCCCCAGACGAGGGGUCUGCGAACGACGACGAUCAGUCAGAGACUUCGAUUUAUAUGGACGCCUUUGAAGCUGCAAACCCUCCAGGGGAUGAAGAUCACAUUGAUGAUAACCUCUCAUUUGACAGGUUGGAUGCGGUUAUUGAACGUAAUGAACCGGUCAUGUCCAAGACGGCUGUCGUUCGUGAACGGCAAUCCCCGCGGCGACGAUCUGUCUUCUCUCCAGAUGAUGAUAUUUUUGGAGCAAACUGGCCCUUGCCGGAUGAUCGCCCACGAUCUAAUCGCCCCAGCCGACCCCGAACACCAGAAAACCCACCAGCCAAACUUCAAGACGUGAAUGGCGUGGUGAGAUCUGUCAUAGAGUCUGUUCAACAUCGGUCAACCUCGGCAACUGCUGAGCCUGCCGCCCCAGGAUCUCGGAAGUGUGGUACUGGCACCAGUAGGAUGCAUUUCGAUACUAACAGCUUGAAAGUAUUGGUCAGGAGAGCCGGAGAAUUGCGCGAUGUCCUGUCCGAUCUCAUAAGGAGGGCUGAUCAGUUGACACAAAGUCCAGCUCGAACUCCACGACAUGAGAGAUGCUUGGAUUCGAGCCCUGCGUUUACAAGAGUUUUUGAUGAUCCAGGAUCCAGCCCGGCCCGACGACCUUUGAAGAGUCGUGGUAAUAGCACUACCAUUGUUGAGCGGCCUUCAUCUGAAAACUCGCCACCAUCAAACAUUGGACGCCGAGUUCCCUUAAUGACGGUGAAUUAG